GUACCUACCAUGUUGCCUGAUGGGAUACCCCGUGCAAGUGUGAAGUUUUAGUUUCCCAAUUCACGAUUCUGCUGUUUCUUAUUAUUUUAGUUUACUUGCAAACAUUUUGUAGAAUUUUUUUACUAAUUGAAGUUACAGUUUGUGUUGGCUGAAAAGUUUCAUUGUAAAAUAUUUCUGAUGGCAAAGAUUGAACUGACCACUCAAAAUUGAAGCAAGUUGCAUUCACCAAGGGCAGCUCCAAGUCUAGAUGGGCUGGGCAACUACCACGAGCCUCGCAAAUACCUGGCCCCACACGGACUCAGUUUUUAUUUUACUCGUUUGAAUAAUUUUCGAAGGAAAAUAUGGACUGGCAGCGGCGGCCCGAUGGAGUUCCAGAAGGUGUGGGUGCCCGACCCGGCGCAGGGCUACAUCCUGGGCCACAUCAAAGACAUCGGCUACGACGGCGAGGUGACGGUCGUGCCGACGGACAAGAGGCCGCCCAUCACCUGCCUGCUGGACCAGGUGUACUUCGCCGAGCAGUACGACGACAAGGAUGUCGACGACAACUGUGCUUUGAUGUUCCUGAAUGCUGCAACUGUAUUGCAUAAUAUACGCAUUCGCUACAUGAAAAAUAAAAUUUAUACGUAUGUAGCUAACAUUCUCAUUGCUGUGAACCCGUACUUCGAAAUCAAGGAUCUUUAUUCAUCAAAAACCAUCAAAUCAUAUCAAGGAAAAUCUCUUGGUGUACUUCCACCACACGUGUUUGCCAUUGCCGACAAAGCGUUCCGUGACAUGAAGGUGCUGAAGCAGUCGCAGUCCAUCAUCGUGUCGGGCGAGUCGGGCGCAGGGAAGACGGAGUCGACCAAGUACCUCCUCCGGUACCUGUGCGACUUGUGGGGCUCUGCCGCCGGACCUAUCGAGCAGAAGAUCCUGGACGCCAACCCCGUGAUGGAAGCGUUCGGCAACGCGAAGACGACCCGCAACAACAACAGCAGUCGCUUCGGCAAGUUCAUGGAGGUGCACUUCGACUCGAAGUGGCAGGUGGUGGGGGGUUACAUCUCGCACUACCUGCUGGAGAAGUCUAGGAUCUGCACGCAGAGUCCCGAGGAGAGGAACUACCACGUGUUCUACACGCUGUGCGCGGGCGCCCCCGAGCAGUUGCGGCAGCAGCUGCACAUAUCCAAGCCGGACGACUUUCACUACUUGAAGCAUGGCUGCACGCAGUAUUUCACGAGCAGCACGACGGAGAACAAGCUGAACAAUGCCCAGAAGAGCAAGGCCCAUCAGGCGAAAGGAAGCCUGAGGGACCCCUUGCUGGAUGACGUGCAAGACUUCAAUGCCAUGGACACGGCUCUGUCACGCCUCGGGCUGAGCGACGCGGAGCGGCUGAACAUCUACUCGACGGUGGCCGCGGUGCUCCACCUGGGCAACGUGGUGUUCGAGGAGAACCUGCAGGACAGCCGCGGAGGCUGCUCGGUGAGCCCCGGCUCAGAGCGGUCCCUGGCGGUCGCCUGCAAGCUGCUGGGGGUCGACCCAGGGGAGCUGAAGCAGGCCCUCGUCUCCAAGGUCAUGCAGACCGCCCGAGGUGGCCUCAAGGGCACCGUCAUCAUGGUUCCUCUCAAAGUAUACGAAGCUAACAGCGCUAGAGAUGCUCUGGCCAAGGCCAUCUACAGCAAGUUAUUCGACCACAUUGUUCAGAGGAUCAAUACGUCUAUCCCUUUCAAAGCUUCGAGCUACUACAUAGGUGUGCUCGACAUUGCUGGGUUCGAAUUUUUCAAGGUCAACAGUUUCGAGCAGUUCUGCAUAAAUUACUGCAAUGAGAAAUUGCAGCAGUUUUUUAAUGAGAGGAUCUUGAAAGAUGAACAGCUACUCUAUGAGAAAGAAGCACUCAACGUUCCUAAAAUCAACUUCAGGGACAAUCAAGAUUGUAUUGAUCUGAUAGAGGCGAAAGGGCAGGGUAUCUUCCACCUCCUGGACGAAGAGUCCAAGCUGCCGAAACCGGCGCCCGACCACUUCACCAUGGAGGUGCACCGGCAGUGGCCGGGCCACUUCCGGCUGGCGUUCCCCCGCACCUCGAAGCUGCGCGACCACCGGGAGAUACGCGACAGCGAGGGCUUCAUGAUACGCCACUUCGCGGGAGCCGUGUGCUACCACACGGCCCAGUUCCUGGACAAGAACAACGACGCGCUGCACGCGUCGCUGGAAGGGCUGGUGCAGGAGAGCAAGAACCCCUUCCUGCAGGCCCUGUUCUCGUCCUCCAAGCUCAGCAACCAGAAGGGCAAGCUGGCCUUCAUCAGCGUCGGCUCCAAGUUCAAGACUCAGCUGGGCGAGCUCAUGGACAAGCUCAAGAGCACGGGCACAAACUUCAUCCGCUGCAUCAAGCCGAACCAGAAGAUGGUGGACCACAUGUUCGAGGCGCCGUCGAUCAUGUCCCAGCUGGAGAGCUCUGGCAUGAUCACCGUCAUGGAGCUGAUGCAGGAGGGCUUCCCGACGCGCGCCUCGUUCAACGAGCUGAACAGCAUGUACCGCCAGUACUUGCCGCCGGAGCUGGCCCAGCUCGACGCAAGGACCUUCUGCAAGUCUUUGCUGCAUGCCUUGGGAAUGAGUGAAAAUGACUACCGUUUCGGGGUGUCGCGCGUGUUCUUCAGGCCAGGCAAGUAUGCGGAGUUCGAUGCCAUCAUGAAGUCGGACCCGGAGAAUGUCGCUGCUAUGGUGAAGCGUGUAAAGAAGUGGCUUGUGGUGUCUCGCUGGAAGCGGGCCCAGUGGUGCUCGCUUUCUACUGUCAAGUUGAAGAACAAGAUCCUGUACCGUCGAAUUUGCCUCAUCAAGAUACAGAAAACCGUCCGCAUGUACCUGGCGAAGAAGAAGCACAAGCCGAGGUACCAGGGGAUCGCGAAAAUCAAAGGACUCCAGGAGAAGCUUGUCAGAACAUCGGCAAUAAUAGAGCAGCUGAAAAAGGAAAAGGAGUCGAGUGCUUCUGAAAUGAAGAAACUACAAGCAGAUGCUGUUGCUGCAAUUUCGAAGAUCAAGAGCACGGAGAACAUCUCUGCCGGCGAGAUAGACAAGAUGUACGCGGACUUGCUGUCGCGGGCGGACGCACAGACCAGCGGACUGCAGAAGAAGUUGCAGCAGCAGAAGAUAGCGGAGGAGCAGGAGAGGAUGAGGAAGAUACAAGAGGAGAUGGAGCGUGAGAAGCAGCGCAAAGAGGAGGAGGAGAGGAAGAAGCGGGAAGAGGAGGAGACCAAACGUUUGAAGAUGGAGAUGGAGGCCAGGAGGAAAGCGGAGGAGGAACAGCGCAAACGACAGGAGGAGGCAGACAGGAAGGCUGCAGCAGCCUUGCAGGCCCAGCUGGAGAAGGAGGCUCUGGAGGACGCACGCUACCACGAGCAGCUGGAGCAGGAGCGGCGAGACCACGAGCUGGCGCUGCGGCUCGCGCAGGAGACCAACGGCCAGGUGGAGGAGAUGGUGCAGGACGACAGCCGGAGGUUCAACAGCACUGAGCUCAGGACACCGCAGCCCUUAAAGCUGAACAGGUCGGAACUUGCUCGCUCCGUUCAAGAGGCGCAAGGCAAACAGAAGUACGACUUGUCCAAGUGGAAGUACUCUGAGCUCAGGGACACCAUCAACACGUCGUGUGACAUUGAGCUUCUCGAGGCCUGCAGGAUUGAGUUCCACCGCCGUCUGAAAGUGUACCACGCGUGGAAGGCCAAGAACAGGAGGAGGACGACGAUGGACGAGAACGAGCGAGCUCCGCGCUCCAUCAUGGAUGCAGCAAAGGAAAGAGCACCAAGAGCCGUUAUGAAGAACCCAAUCAACAGUUCAACCCAGCGUUAUUUCCGCAUUCCAUUCAUUCGUCCGUCAGUGGCUCUCAAUGGACCGCAGGCGGAAAACAACAAGAGGGGCUGGUGGUACGCCCAUUUCGACGGGCAGUUUGUGGCUCGGCAGAUGGAGCUUCACCCAGACAAACCUCCGAUACUGCUGAUGGCAGGAGUUGACGACAUGCAGAUGUGCGAGCUGAGCCUGGACGAGACGGGACUGACGCGGAAGCGAGGGGCAGAGAUCCUGGAGCAUGAGUUCAACAGAGAGUGGGAGAAGCGUGGCGGCAAGCCGUACAUGCGACCUGCCGAUCGUAAGAAGUGAGCAGAGCGUCUUGACAGCACGCCAGAGUUACGUCCUACACAAGCAACAUUCCUUCGUGAAAGAACACUAUGUGAGUCCCAAUGUAAUAAUAGAUUAUACAGAUUUAAAACUGGGCUUACAUAGUGCCUUUGUUUUUUUUCCUUACAUAAUAAGCUUGCUGCAGUAUUUAUUUUAUCGAAUGUGAAGUUUGACAAAAAAAAACAGUUGACUAUUAUUGUGUUUUAGUGGAAUACCUUCAUAUUGAGUUCAGUAUUAUUUUUUGUGUCACAGCUCGCAACAUUUGUCAAUAAUGUUACACAGCUUCUGUUAAGAUUUCUUAAUAAUAUGUAGCAGCAAUACAUAAUUCUUAGAUUUAAAAUGUGAACAAAACUGAUGAUGUUUUAUUUAUAAUGAAUGCUUACAACUUCCAUGACCAUUUGGCAAUUUUUCAUACUUUAUUUUUUCAUGUUAGUAGUUAGAUUGAGUAAAUGCAGUAAUUGUAUUAAAACAUACAGCCAAUUUAAGAUGGUUCACAACUUCCCCUUAGAGUAAAUAAAACUUUGUUUUCACAUGGACAUUACCAGAUGUAACCUAUAAAUUAUAGAAAAUCUUAAAAUAAUUUUUUUUAAAAAUAGGGGUACUAAACUAUGGAAUUAUUGCAUACUAUAAUUAAUAACCAGGAAGCAUUUCCCACAGAAAUAAAUAAUUAGGUAUUGCAAAAAAUUAAUCUUUAAUGAUGGCAUACAUGAAUAAUAAUGGUCAACCAUAUAAACAUAAUUAAAAUAAUUAUUCAAUGGAGAUUUUGAAACUGACUAAUUUUAAUUAAUCACUUUGCUGAUCUUUUCUAAUGGAAAAGGUUAAAAUAUAAAUUGCUUUCUGCACUCACUGUCGCUAAAUCUAUUUGUGAGAAGUUAUGAAUACAUUAUGUUCGUACGUAUAUGCAAGGCAUAAAUUUUCAAGUUAAGCCAAAAUUAUUUAUGCCUAUGGAUGCUACACAAAGAUGUGAAUUUCAGCAUUUUGACUAUUACAUGUAGGUUGUGAAUCAAUUUUUAGGGCCUACAUUUGAAACUGCACUGUUAACUGUAACUCAAUAAAGGCUUUAAAAUAUUCCACCUAUUUAAAAGGCAGAUGAAACUUGUUUGAUUUGAGAUACAUGUUUGAACUAGUGUGUAUAAAUGUAUUUAUGUUGAUUAAUUUGGUGCUUGCCAGGUUAAGCUCAAAAUAUUUAUCAGAUCAUAUUAUUUACAAAUUUCAUAUUAGACAGUUUUAUGUUGGGAUAUAUUUUUUUCCCACUGUGUGAGAUAGUUUUCUCCAGUGAGAGCAUGUGCCUUUAGUAGUAUAUAAUUAUGUUGUGGAAAUGUUUGCAAGACUGUAUUUUUGGAAACUUGAAGCACUGUAUUCAGUUAUUAUUGUGGAAAAAUAAUAUAUUUGAUAAUGACAAGAAUAAAAA